AUGAAGGUCCCUGAAGGUUAUUCUUCAAAUAUAAAAAAUCUUGUAUCUUUACAAGAUUCAAGACUUCUUAGCCUUAAAUCACAUGAUUGUCAUACCUUAAUGCAACAAUUGCUCCCUGUGGCAAUUCGUUCUGUUUUGGAGAAGCCUGCAAGAUGGAUAUAUCCGUUCGAAAGAUAUAUGAAAGUGCUAAAGGGGUAUGUUCAGAAUCGUACUCGUCCCGAAGGUUGCAUUGCUGAGCGGUAUAUAGCUGAAGAAGCUGUAGAUUUUUGUACCGAGCAUUUAUCUGAUGUUAGUACAGUUGGAGUGCCUUCAAGCCAAAAGAUGGGAGUUUCAAAGCCAUUAUCAGGUUGCACAGUGAGCAUAGUUGAUCGGGACCUGUUGAACCAAGCACAUCUAUAUGUCUUGGAGAAUACGGAGGAAGUCCUACCUUAUAUCGAGCAACAUAUGAUCCACAUCAAGACCGCUUAUCCAAAAUUUAGAAAGAGAACAAAGUCGUUGCAGGAUAAGCACAAUAGCACUUUCAUUCAAUGGCUACGCUUCAAGGUUCAAAGUGAACUUAAUGAGGAAGACAAUCAUGGCGUAUCAGAAAAUUUAAGGUGGCUAGCAGCUGGUCCAAACAUGGCAGUGGCAUCAUAUAGGAGCUAUCUUAUUAAAGGUAUUAAAUUUAACAUCAAGGCACAAGAUGAUGUGCGGACAACUCAAAAUAGUGGAGUUUAUUUACUUGCACAUACCAUGCAAGUUGCUAGUGCCAAGGAUAAAAACCCAAUUCUCUCAAAUAUGGGUUUCUAUGGUGUCAUUCAAGAAAUUUGGGACCUUGACUACCAAAAGUUUACAAUCCCAUCAAACAAGUAUUUUUUUGUUGACAACCCGAUGCAUCGUGGUUGGUCGGUAGUGUUAUCAAUGCCUAAUAGAGAAUAUAAUGAUGUUAUUGGUGAUGAUGAUGUCUUAGGUGAUGUGAGAAUUGAGUGUGAGCCAUUUACUAGAGGGAUGCCAAAUGUUGACACAUUUGAUGAACUAGUGGGUGAGUUUGGGAGUCAAAAUAUUCGAGAUGGGUGUGAAGAUAUAUGGAUUGAAUGA